AACGUUCCAGGUUGGUGCACAGGCAGCGAGUGCGGAGAGGGAUGUGUCCCCCAUGGAGAUGUCAUCAUUUCUGACACGGCCGGGAGGAGGUGCGCUUGCAUGGCGCUGUGUCCUUGGCCAGGGGAGGCCCUGGCAGGGUUAUAAGGCCCCUCGCUCUCUUCCUCCUCGGGGGAGAGCACUUGGAGAGGAACCAGAAGACCCAGGAGGUUGCUAGGGUGCUGCGAAGGCAGGGGAGGGGAGAUGGGAGCCCGCGGUCAGAUGAGCCCCCGGUCUGCUCCUUCUCGUGUCCUGCGCUCCUUCUGCUCAGGGCAGCCACGCCAUUCUGUGGCGCCGGCCGUGGCCCCAAAGCCACCAAUCUCCAGGGCGCUUCCCUUUGAGGCCAUCCCCCGCAGCAGCCCCAACGCCUGGGUCAACCUGUACCAGUUCUGGAGGACCAAUAGCUUCCCAAACUUCCACCACAUCAUGCAAAAGAACUUCCAGAACCUGGGGCCCAUCUACAGGUGAGUUCCAAACCCGCUCUCAGACAGACACUCUUAUGCAGAAGCAAUCCAGACGCGUCUUAGAGUUUUAUUUAAUCUAAUUUUAUCUAUUCGGUUUAUAUACAGUGGUGCCUCGGGUUACAGACGCUUCGGGUUACAGACUCCACUAACCCAGAAAUAGUACCUCGGGUUAAGAACUUUGCUUCAGGAUGAGAACAGAAAUCGCACAGUGGCAGCAGUGGGAGGCCCCAUUAGCUAAAGUGGUGCCUCAGGUUAAGAACAGUUUCAGGUUAAGAACGGACCUCCAGAACGAAUUAAGUUCUUAACCCGAGGUACCACUGUACUUGUCCUUCACCAAGAGAGCUCAGGGCCGUUUGCAAGAUUAAAAUGUAAGAUAAAACCACAAAUAAAUAGUUAAACCAGAAGCAAGAAAACAAUAACCUUGCGUUUAAAUCAAAGUGCCCUGUCAUCUUAGCACAGCAAAUCCACGUUCUUAAAAAAACAAACCCCAUAGUUUUUGCAGAGGGAAAUGUGGGGAAGAACCACAUUGGAAAGUGUGGGAUGACGCUUUCUUCUGGGGGCAGGUGCAUAAAUGGCCCGUUUCCAUCUUUUUCCAGGAACCAGGGCAUGUUGGUUGGACUCUGUCCGUGCCAAAUCUUAGGGCUUUGGUCUCCAGAAAGUGUCUUGUGGAUUUCAGCCCAUUUCAGACUCCAGUCCCAUAACAAGGGCUGUUUAAGGGCAACAGUAUUUGUGCAAAUGAACCAAUGCAAAUUUUGAGGCAGAGUGUGGUAGUGAGCCGUUUAAAACUUGCAUGAGCUUGCUUGGCCAUGCAUGGCUUGCACUUGGAAGACCACAGCCCAGGGUCUUCGUCUGAGCCACCGCUCAGCUCCUAGACCUGAUUUCAGUAUCAGGCAGUAUUAGACUGCCGCCUUAGUGUGGGUUUGUGCGGCAAUAGGUCACUCACACAUUACCAGCCCAAUGGAGGUGGAUUUAUACUCAAUGGUCUUCCACAUGGGAUCUUGCUCUGUCAGUCGCUCUGUGAUGCUUCCUCAAAUGCCUUGCUUCCAAAGGAGAACACCCAACAGGCUUCCUUAAAAAGCUACCUUGCAAGAAGGUUGCUAGAAGGAUUGGAGGCUGGGGCUGGCUGGGCUUCCCUAGGGAGGCAAUUUCAGCAAGCCAAAUAAAUUAACCCCACGGCUGCUGAACGAUGCAGACCCACCAGCUAGUACAUCCUACAAGCCAGGUUUUUUUUUUCAAAACUACUCUCUGCAUGUAUGAAUCAGCCCUCUGUUGAGGGCAGAGAUUUCUGUUGAGGGCAGUGCGUGUGUGUGUGUGUGUGAGAGAGAGAGAGAGAGAGAGAGAGAGGAGAGAGAGAGAAAGAGAAAGAGAGAGAGAGAGAGAGGAGAGAGAGAAAGAGAAAGAGAGAGAGAGAGAGAGAGGAGAGAGAGAAAGAGAGAGAGGGAGAGAGAGAGAGAGAGAAAGAGAGGAGAGAGAGAGGAGAGAAAGAGAGAGGAGAGAGAGAGAGAGAGAGAGAGAGAGAGAGAGAGAGAGAGAGAGAGAGAGAGAGAGAGAGAGAGAGAGAGAGAAAGAGAGAGAGAGAAAGAGAAAGAGAAAGAGAGAGAGAGAGAGAGAGAGAGAGAGAGAGAGAGAGAGAGAGAGAGAGAGAGAAAGAGAGAGAGAGAGAGAGAGAGAGAGAGAGAGAGAGAGAAAGAGAAAGAGAGAGAGAGAGAGAGAGAGAGAAAGAAAGAGAGAGAGAGAGAGAGAGAGAGAGAGAAAGAGAGAGAGAGAGAGAGAGAGAGAGAGAGAGAGAGAGAGAGAACUUUUCUGUUUAUUCUGCACUUUGGGAGCUGCACUCUGGUUCUGGGAUUUGGGGGGGGGGGUCCAUAUCUCAAGGGCUUGACUCCGUCCCACUUGGCAGGGAGACGCUGGGCACCUACGACUCCGUCCACCUGCUCCUGCCCCGCGAUGCUGCCGUUCUCUUCCAGUCCGAGGGGAUCUUCCCACGCCGAAUGGGCAUCAAUUCGUGGAUCGCCCACCGCACGCUGCGGAACCACAAAUGCGGAGUCUUCCUAUUGUGAGUGAGGCCAGUAGGGAAGGGCGGGCUGCUGCUGCUGCUGGACGUGGCAUCGGGAAAUUUAGUGGCAUGACUUCUGCGUUUCCCACACCCAGUGCCCCCCCCCGAUGGUUGGGACGGCCUCAUGCAGUGGGAUAACUUCCCAUUUAUUUAUUUAUGGGACCGUGUGGGUACAUGGUUCCUCUCCCUCUCCUCAUUUAAUCUCCACAACAACCUUUUCAGGCAGUGACUGAUCAACGGCCACCAAGUGAGCUCCAUGGCCGAGUUGGGAUUCGAACCCAGGUCUCUCCAGGACUAGCCGGCCCUUUCUCAAACUUGGGUGCCCAAAUGUUAUUGGCCUACAACUCCCAUCAUCCCUAGCAGCUAGGACUAGCGGUCAGGGAUGAUGGGAGCUGUAGUCCAACAACACCUGGGGACUCAAGUUUGAUAAAAGUCUGCUCUAACCACUACACCGCACGGGGUCUCAGGAACGCUGGUUCUCAUCCCUUGUCAGGAUGACCUCAAAGGAUUCUUAGCUCAGUUGAUGGAGCAUGAGACUCUUAAUCUCAGAGCUGUGGAUUUGAGUCUCGCUUUGGGUGAAAGAUUCCUGGAUUGCAGACAUAGCUGUCAACUUUUCCCUUUUCUUGUGAGGAAUCCUAUUUGGAAUAAGGGAAUUUCCCUUUAAAAAAGGGAAACUGACAGCUAUGAUUGCAGAGGGUUGGACUAGAUGGCAUUCGUGGUUGGUCCUUUCUGUGGUUCUGCGAUCAGUGGCGUAGCGUGGGUUGUCAGCACCCGGGGCAAGGGAAGUAAUUUGUGCCCCCUAACCUGUGGAUUUGCGCCCCCUAACCCUAACCCCUGAUGUUGCGCCCGGUGCGGCCGGCCCCCCCUGCACCCCCCACGCUACACCACUGUCUGCGAUUCUCCCAGUCCCUGCUGCUGUAACGCACCAGAGCCAAUAUGGUUUUGAAAUUAGACCCGUCUGCCUCCUCUUGAAUCUCAGCUCCUCUGGUUAAAAGUGGCCUCUACAGAACAACCCAAGUGCUCUUCUGGUGUUACUGGACAGCAGCACCCUUCAUGGCUGACCACUGGCCAUGUUGCCUGAGGCUGAUGGGAGCUGGAGUCUAGAGGACCUCAGGUACCCUCCGAAUAUGUGGAGGCAAUGCUGAGCUCCAAGGCAGGAAUGGGAACGCAGGAGGAGCACAGAGCACUGCCUUCUACUGAGUCAGACCAGUGGCUACACUGGUUGCAUGGUGAGUUCCUGCCCAUCCCCAGUGGAAAUAAUGGCACAAUUAUGAAGGUUAAUGGGCUAAAUAAGGCCACAACUUUAUUGGUUACGGGUGAUGAGCGGUACAGUGGUGCCCCGCAAGACGAAUGCCUCGCAAGACGGAAAACUCGCUAGACGAAAGAGUUUUCCGUUUUGGAGGUGCCUCGCAAAACGAAUCUGCUAUGGGCUUGCUUCGCAAGACGAAACUGUCUUGCGAGUUCCUGGGUUUUUUUUUUCCUUUUCCCCCUCUUUUUCUAAGUCGCUAAGCCGCUUAUCUGCUUAUCUGAUAAGCUGAUAAGCUGCUAAAAGCCGCUAAAAGCCGCUAAUAGCGCUAAUAGCGCUAAUCUGCUAAUCCCGUCAAUGGGCUUGCUUCGCAAGACGAAAAAACCGCUAGACGAAGAGACUCCCAGAACGGAUUCUUUUCGUCUUGCGAGGCACCACUGUAUUGGCUUAGGCACUGGUCCUAACCGACUAUAUCCGGCUUCAGCCCGUCCGCCUGAAGUCCGGGAAGGGUUAACCACCAGUAGGGGGAGUCCUGCUGAUGCACAUCUACUAGGAACUCCCCCGGGGUCACCAAUAGGGGGCGUGGCGUAGGCCCUCACCUCCCCAGGCUUCGGACAGGGCCAUGCCCCCCCCGGAAUCCUUUACAGGACUACCCUUCAAUAUGUGGGGCAGGUGAUGGCGCUUCCUCCCCUCUUCCAUCUACAGAGCAAUACCAAUGCCUAACCGCCAAUACCCAGAAAGUUGUGAUGAUUUGCUACGAGGGAGGCGAAAACCAAGGGGCUGGUGCCAUUUGCCAAGUGGAAAAAUUCCUACCAGGCCCCUCAAUGGCUACCAACCGAGGUCUAUAGCAAGGUCAAGGAAUGAAAACCUUAAAGGGCGGGAGGGUGGGAAAAGCAGGAACAGCGGGCAGGUGGCAAAGAGGGAGACCCCCGGCGCGUCCUGCCUUAAAUAGGGCAGGCCACGCCCCCAGAGCCAGCCGAUUGGCCGGCCGGGGAGUGACGCGGCCGGGAAUCCCCCCAAUCGCGCAACCCCACUUCCUCCAUAGGGCGGAAGUGGCUUUGGCAGCAGCCGAUCUCCAGAAUUUCAGAGCAGGAGCCUCUCGCAGCCCUUCUUGGAGAUGCGGUCAGGACUCGAACCUGGGACCUUCUGCAUGCAAGGAAGAUGCUCUGCCACUGAGCUGCCUCUGAGUGAUGGGAGGGUGGCAAUUGGGGUGCCAGGCCCAGGAGGGAAGGUGGGUCAAGCGAGGAUCAGCGGUGGGUGAUGGAGUCCCUGCACAGGAAGCCAAGCCAAGCACUCCAGGCACAGAGUCUCCUACCUCACUUUGGGGUCUUCUUCCCACGCAGGAACGGGGAGGACUGGCGCUCAGACCGGCUCAUCCUCAACAAAGAGGUGAUCAGCCCUGUGGGCACCCGGAAGUUCCUGCCCUUCCUCAACACGGUGGCCGAGGACUUUGCUGAGUCCAUACAUCGGCUGAUCAGGAAGAAUGCACGGCGCUCGCUCACGGUUGACCUCCAUCGCGACCUCUUUCGCUUCACCCUGGAAGGUACGGGCAUUUUUUUGGGUGGGGUGGGGAAUUCUUCUCCCUCCUCUUCUUGUGUAAGAAUGCAAAUACCUAUUUCAGCAGAGUUGAAAAAUCACCACCCACCUGCAGCUUAUCUCUAGAAGCCUGCACUGGCUCCCAGUGGACUACAGGAUCAGGUUUAAGGUGCUGGUUUUGACCUUUAAAGCCCUAUACGGCCUGGGACCCUCGUACCUACGGGACCGCCUCUCCUGGUAUGUCCCAUGGAGGACCUUACGAUCUUCAAAUAAAAACAUCUUGAAGGUCCCAGGCCACAGAGAAGUUAGGCUGGCCUCAACCAGAGCCAGGGCUUUUUCGGCUGUGGCCCCGAUGUGAUAGAACGCUCUGUCACAAGAAACUAGGGCCGUGUGGGACUUGACAUCUUUCCGCAGGGCCUGCAAGAAAGAUGUUCCGCCUGGCCUUUGGUUUGGACUCAGUCUGACCCUUCUGUUUCCCUCCCCUUAUGGUCUUGAUUUAUUAGCUACUUUAAAAUGAGGCUGCAUUUUAAAUUGCAUUUUAACCUGUAUUUUAAAUUGUCCCCCCCCCAUUAUGUUUUUGUUGUAAUUUUACUGGUGUUAGCUGCCCAGAACCCAGCUCUGGCCGGGGAGGGCGGGGUAUAAAUAAAUUUUAUUUUUAUUAUUUAUUAUUUAGGACAAGGUUGCAUAACUUUCUAGAAUAAAUAGGAUAUCCAAGGAUGCUCUAGGCAGAUUUGGGUUACUUUUAUCCCAUUUAAGUUUUCCUCUUAACAAAGACUGUUUAGGUAAACAAGAAAAAUACAAGCUUUACAGUUUGCUCACUUUUAAAGUCUUGCCAGGUUUCAAUAUAUUCAGUGAUGAAAAUCAGGCAGCCAAUAAUCCUUAAAAGUUACAAAAACCUGUGGUCCGGUUCAACUAGUAUUCACAAGUAUUGCUGCCUUUGGCAAAUCCUGGCCAUCGUGGCUCAAAGCCAUUGAUCGCCAUCUCCUCCAUGAAUUUUUCUCACCCUCUUUUAAAGUCAUCCAGGUUGCUUGCCAUCAUGGCCUCCUGUGGGAGAGAGUUCCGCAGGAAUAUUCCCCUGGAAUAUUGCCUAGGAUUUGAAACUGUGGAGGAGGACGCUCCUUCCUUCCUUCCUUCCUUUGGGAUGAGAGAGUGCAUCUGGAAAGCCCCACUCCCUCUCCUGUGACACCUAACCUCCAAUCUUCCUCCUUCUCCUCCAAUCCCGGCAGCCAGCAGCUACGCCUUGUAUGGCCAGCGCCUGGGCCUCCUGGACGAGAAUCCCAAUCCGGAGUCCCAGCACUUCAUCGACACCGUGGAGACGAUGCUGCGCACAACCUUGCCCCUCCUCUUCCUGCCGCCCGGGGUCAUGCGCUGGGUGAACAACAAGCUCUGGCGAGAUCACAUGGAGGCCUGGGACGCCAUCUUUAAGCACGGUGAGCCCCAGAUCCCUCGUCGGGGGGAGAGGGGAGAGGACCGUGGGGCAGUGGCCACCCUGCACCCACUGGUGCUGAGCUGCAUGGCUUGGUCUGAGUGGGUGGCAGGGCAAGCAGCGCUCCCUUCACCUUUGAGCUGGAAUUAAGCAUGCAGGGAGCAUGCGUUGUCUGGAGCAGGAAUGUGACACAGUCCUGGGCCUGCGUGAGUUGGCCUUAGAUGGACCAGUCGAGGGCUGGCAGUGGGCAUUGGACAAGGGACAUUUGGUGGCAAUGGAGAGAGAGAGAGGCUAGCUGCAGAGGCUGCAGUUGAUGGAGAUAACCAGAGUACAGUCAUACCUCAUGCUACGUUUGCUUCAGGUUGUGCGUUUUCAGGUUGCAUCCUGCGGUGACCCGGAAGUACCGGUUACUUCCGGGUUUCGCCACUCGCGCAUGCGCAGAUGCGCAAAAUGACAUCGUGCUCAUGCGCAGAAGCGGCGAAUCGCGACCUGCGUCUGCACAGACACGCAGAUGUGGAUUGCGUUCUUUUCAGGUUGCAAACGGGCCUCCGGAACGGAUCCCGUUUGCAACCAGAGGUACCACUGUAUGUACCACCCUGGUAAGACAGUGCACAGGCAGGUGGGGUCUCAGCCGGCGUACCAGAUGGAGCUGGUAGACAGCUGCCCUGGACGCAGUAUUAACCUGCACCUCCAUAGACAGCUGUGAGUCCAAGAUGACCCCCAGACUAUACACCUGGUCCUUCAGGGGCACAGUUACCCCACUUAGUACCAGGGAUCUAGCAGGAACAGUUUACUGGGCAGGGAGUUCCUGCCCUCCAAAGAAACAGAAGGAGAUAAGGAAAUAAUAAUAAUAAUAAUUUAUUAUUUCCCCAGCCACUCUGGGCGGCUUCCAACAAAGAUUAAAAAUACAUUAAAAUGUCGCACAUUAAAAACUUCCCUGAACAGGGCUGCCUUCAGAUGUCUUCUAAAAGUCUGGUAGUUGUUGUUCUCUUUGACAUCUGCUGGAAGGGCGUUCCACAGGGUGGGUGCUACUGCCUAGAAAGCCCUCUGCCUGGUUCCCUGUAGCUUUGCUUCUCACAGCGAGGGAACCGCCAGAAGGCCCUCGGUGCUGGACCUCCGUGUCGGGGCACAACGAUGGGGGUGGAGACGCUCCUUCAGGUCUACUGGGCUGAGGCCAUUUAGGGCUUUAAAGGUCAGCACCAACACUUUGAAUUGUGUUCAGAAAUGUACUGGGAGACAAUGUAGGUCUUUCAAGACUGGUGUUAUGUGGUCUCGGCGGCUGCCCCCAGUCAGCAUUCUUAACUGCUGCAUUCUGGAUUAGUUUCUGGGUCACCUUCAAAGGUAGGCCCAUGUAGAGUGCAUUGCAGUAGUCCAAGCGGGGGAUAACUAAAGCAUGCACCACUCUGGCGAGACAGUCCGCGGGCAGGUAGGGUCUCAUCCUGCGUACCAGGUGGAGCUGGUAGACAGCUGCCCUGGACACAGAGGUGACCUGCGCCUCCAUGGACAGCUGUGAGUCCAAAAUGACUCCCAGGCUGCGCACCUGGCCCUUCAGGGACACAGUUGCCCCAUUCAGGACCAGGCAGUGGAGGCCUGAAGCUUGUUCUUGUUAGCUUCCCUUAACUUUUAGGAGAUCGUGUGCUGCCAACACCCUGGUGCCCAUCUCCGGUGUGUGAGGAGGCUCCUCACUGGUUCUCUCUUGCUGGAAACCGGAACCAUCUCAUUCCUCAUUUUGGUACCCGUUCAUCAACAGCCAUGGCCUUGGAGCUCCUGGGGUCCCAAUGUGCUAUGUUUGUCCUUGGGUAACUUUGGGGGCCUGGGUUCAGUUUGUGCUCAGCCAAGCCCACUUGCCUGCCUCCCACCUUUCCUACAGCCGGUCCAGAGAGUGGCGCUUCCUGUCUGCUUCCUCCCUCCCCCCCAGUCUCAGUGGUGCCCCUUCUGGAACCCACCAUGGAGGAGGAUGGGGGCAAAACUCGGCUGGAGUCGGCCCUGCCUGCCAUUGUCUCUGGCGCCACCUGCUGUUGGGCUCCCUGCCUGCCACCCCUGGCCUGGAUGUGGGCUUCUUUCUAAGGCUGAGAGUGGGGUGCUUCUCACUGCGCCUGGACCUGAUCCCCACCUCUCUCUCCUUGCUUCUGCAGCGGACAAGUGCAUACAGAAUAUCUACCAGGAGUUUUGCCUGGGGCAGCCCCGCAAGUAUUCCGGGAUCAUGGCCGAGCUGCUUCUGCAAGAAGAGAUGCCCCUCGACUCCAUCAAGGCCAACAUGACGGAGCUCACGGCCGGCAGCGUGGACACGGUGGGUGCGCCCCACCCCAUAAACAGAUCAGGAACAUGGGGUUGUGCUUGAGCUUAGUCUUGGCCACGUGGACCGGCAGCAAUGGGUCUCCUGGGUUUCAGAUGGGACAUAUGGCCCAGCCUUAACUGGAGAGCCUGGGACCUCCUGCAAGGGGUCCUGUAAGGCCUGCCCCCUGCUUUGCUGGCUUAUUCCCACCUGGCCAGCCCCCCACUGACUGCUUCCAGCUACGAAAACGGUUGCGGUGGAAGGUGCCACAGACCAUGUCACUGUUAGUCUGGAAAAGCAGAAGGCUGAGACUAUUAAACUGGCUUCAGUGGGUUUUGUCAAUGUGUCCUGAUGAUGAUGAUGAUGAUGAUUUAUAUACUGCCCUAUAACCAGAGGUCUCAAGGCGGUUCACAGAAAAGAUCAACAUAAAAAUGAAUGAUAGUAUUAUAAUAUAUAAAACAGGUAUGAGGAAGAAAAUAAUUUAAUGUGGAAUGUAUGAAGACUCGGAGAUUCAAUUUGAACAACAUGGAAAUUACAUUACUGAAGAGAUAUUAUGGCUUUAUACAUUGAAAGCUGCUCAUCCCUACUACUACUACUACUACUACUACUACUAAUGAUAAUAAUAAUGAUAAUAAUGAUAACAAUGAUAAUAAUAAUGAUGAUGAUGAUAAUAAUAAUAAUAAUAAUAAUAAUAAUAAUUUAUUUAUACCCCGCCCAUCUGGCUGGGUUUCCCCAGCCACUCUGGGCGGCUUCCAACAGAAUAUUAAAAUACAAUAGUCAUGAAAUACAAUUACAUGAAGGUGUUGAAUAGUGACAUUUCAUGUGGUUUUCAUUCCUCUUUUUGUAACAAUGAGUGUAGAGGCAGCAUUUACACUUUGGAAGGCCACAAUCCUUAUUAUAUAUUCCUAGUUGUAACCUCCACGGAACACAAUGGCCAGAAUCGGAUUAUUUGCAUGUUGUCUUGCUGAAACAUGAAUGAGACUUCUGGACACACAUGCCACCUACUCUUCCCUUUGUGCAAGACAACCAACAAAUUAGGAAGUUUUCCGUUAACUGUGGUUUCCUAUUAUGCUAAAGUAGGGGUUGUCUUUGAAGACAGUUCAGAAACAGCAGUGGGUGCAGAAUCUGGCAACCAAAUUGCUGACCAGACAGUCUGAAUAUUUAACACUAGUUCUAGCACAACUGCAUGUUUGAGUUGUUUAGUCGUUUAGUUGUGUCCGACUCUUCGUGACCCCCUGGACCAGAGCACGCCAGGCCCUCCUGUCUUCCACUGCCUCCCGCAGUUUGGUCAAACUCAUGCUGGUAGCUUCCAGAACACUGUCCCACCAUCUCGUCCUCUGUCGUCCCCUUCUCCUUGUGCCCUCCAUCUUUCCCAACAUCAGGUUCUUUUCCAGGGAGUCUUCUCUUCUCAUGAGUUGGCCAAAGUCUUGGAGCCUCAGCUUCAGGAUCUGUCCUUCCAGUGAACACGCAGGGCUGAUUUCCUUCAGAAUGGAGAGGUUUGAUCUUCUUGCAGUCCAUGGGACUCUCCAGAGUCUCCUCCAGCACCAGAAUUCAAAAGCAUCCAUUCUUCGGCGAUCAGCCUUCUUGAUGGUCCAGCUGUCACUUCCAUACAUCACUACUGGGAUAACCAUGGCUUUAACUAUACAGACCUUUGUUGGCAAGGUGAUGUCUCUGCUUUUUAAGAUGCUGUCUAGGUUUGUCACUGCUUUUCUCCCAAGAAGCAGGCAUCUUUUAAUUUUGUGGCUGCUGUCACCAUCUGCAGUGAUCAUGGAGCCCAAGAAUCUCUCACUGCCUCCAUUUCUUCCCCUUCUGUUUGCCAGGAGGUGAUGGGCCCAGUGGCCAUGAUCUUCGUUUUUUUGAUGUUGAGCUUCAGACCAUAUUUUGCGCUCUCCUCUUUCACCCUCAUUCAAAGGUUCUUUAAUUCCUCCUCACUUUCUGCCACCAAGGUUGUGUCAUCUGCAUAUCUGAGGUUGUUGAUAUUUCUUCCGGCAAUCUUAAUUCCGGUUUGGGAUUCAUCCAGCCCAGCUUCCCCUUAUUUGGGGUAGGGGGGAACACAGUCCAAGGAGGUUCUUCCUCCCUUGACUCCCUCCCUCUCUCCCUCCAGACAGCCAUGCCCCUGCUCUUCACCCUCUUUGAGCUGGCCCGCAACCCACAAGUCCAGACAGCCCUUCGGGAAGAGGUCAAGGCUGCUGCGGUCUCAUCCAGGGAGCUCUCCAAGGUGAUGAAUGACAUGCCCUUGCUCAAGGGUGCAAUCAAGGAGACGCUGAGGUAAGGAGGGAAGGAUGGGUGCCAUGCCUGGCGAGGAAAUGGGUCCCACAAGAUGGCUGGGGGGGGGCAGGGCAGAUGAAAACCAUUAGCUUGGGAUUGGACUGGGAAGCUCAUGGAAGAGGAAUUAGCAAUGAGCUGCAUGAAGAAUGGCUUUCCUGAAACAACUACUGGUGAUACUAAUCUGGGAUAGCUCAGUUGGUAGAACAUGAGACUCUUAACCUCUGGGUCGUGGGUUCGAGCCCCAUGUUGGGAAAAAUAUUCCUACCUGAGACUGAGAAUAAGGAUGGAUAAUAUUAGUUUUGAAUUUGAAAAAUAGCCGCAAAUGCAAAGACCUCACAGGGGGUUGGACUAGAUGACCCUCGGGGUCCCUUCCAAGUCUACAUUCUAUGAUGCUAUUAUUCUCUUCCUCCACUUUCUUUGGGAAGCCACAACGACAUCCUUCUCUUGCAGGCUCUACCCUGUGGGGAUUACAGUGCAGCGCUACCCGAUGAGGGACGUGGUGCUUCAGAACUACUGUGUGCCAGCUGGGGUGAGUGUCCUUUGCAGACUCCCUUCGCCACCCCCAGCCCCCUUCCCAUCAGCCAGGAUCCCAUGCCGAUUCUUGUUGUUCUUGUCUGGAGCUCACCCUGCACUCGAGUAGGACCCUGGCAGAGACACAUGCCCACCUGGCAUGUUCUCUCCCUCCUGGUCAAUAGUUUGGGAGCUUCAUUAGCGUUCUUCAGCCCAAACAUCACAGUGACUGAUGCCAACCGACACUGGCACACUUAGGGAUCCACAGAGUUGGCGCAGUUCGCGUGACAGACCUCAGCAACUCAGCAUUUUAGCUAAUCUACUUUAUUUACAUAUAAACACACACGGAGCACUGCAACAUGGCUCCCUCUCUCUCUAGCAUCAGACAGCAAAGGGAGAAAGAACAAAGGACAAUAGUCCCUCUUCAUGGAACACAAACAUCCCGUCUCCAUCACUUCCCACUCUGUGGAAUGAAAACAUACACCAUCAUGUGACAGACAACAAUCCCAUGACUGUAGACACGGGGAAUGAAUCUUCAACAGUUCUAUCCCCCAUCAGAGACACUGUGAUCAAGGCUGCCUUGGCCCAGACCAUUCCUGUCCCUGCAGAAGGACCAUCGGUCAGUGGCGCCAUUUCUGGCUUCUACCAACUAAAAGCAGAUUUGGGUGGCAGAGUGAUGGGAAAGACCCUUCUCUGCCUGAGACCCUGACAUCAUCAUCAUCAUCAUCAUCAUCAUCAUCAUCAUCAUCAUAAUUUAUUAUUUGUACCCCGCCCAUCUGGCUGGGUUUCCCCAGCCACUCUGGGCGGCUUCCACAGAAACCAAAAAUACAGUAAAAUCACACAUUAAAAACUUCCCUGAACAGGGCUGCCUUAAGAUGUCUUUUGAAUGUCAGGUAGUUGUUUAUCGCUUUGACUUCUAAUGGGAGGGCGUUCCACAGGUCGGGCGCCACCACCGAGAAGGCCCUCUGCCUGGUUCCCUGUAGCAUUGCUUCUUGCAAUGAGGGAACUGCCAGAAGGCCCUCGACGCUGGAUCUCAGUGUCCGGGCAGAACGAUGGGGGUGGAGACGCUCCUUCAGGUAUACAGGACCGAGGCCGUUUAGGGCUUUAAAGGUCAACACCAUCACUUUGAAUUGUGCUCGGAAACGUACUGGGAGCCAAUGUAGGUCUUUCAAGACCGGUGUUAUGUGGUCUCGGCGGUCGCCCCCAGUCACCAGUCUAGCUGCCGCAUUCUGGAUUAGUUGUAGUUUCCGGGUCACCUUCAAAGGUAGCCCCACACAGAGCGCAUUGCAGUAGUCCAAGCGGGAGAUAACUAGAGCAUGCACCACUCUGGCGAGACAGUCCGCGGGCAGGUAGGGUCUCAGCCUGCGUACCAGGUGGAGUUGGUAGACAGCUGCCCUGGAUACAGAAUUGACCUGCGCCUCCAUGGACAGCUGUGAGUCCAAAAUUACUCCCAGGCUGCGCACCUGGUCCUUCAGGGGCACAUUUACCCCAUUCAGGACCAGGGAGUCCUCUACACCAGCCCGCCCCCUGUCCCCCAAAAACAGUACUUCUGUCUUGUCAGGAUUCAACCUCAAUCCAUUAGCCGCCAUCCAUCCUCCAACCGCCUCCAGGCACUCACACAGGACCUUCACCGCCUUCACUGGUUCUGAUUUGAAAGAGAGGUAGAGCUGGGUAUCAUCUGCAUAUUGAUGGACACCCAGUCCAAACCCCCUGAUGAUCUCUCCCAGCGGCUUCAUAUAGAUAUUAAAAAGCAUGGGGGAGAGGACGAAACCCUGAGGCACCCCACAAGUGAGGGCCCAGGGGUCUGAACACUCAUCCCCCCCCCCCCACUUUCUGAACACGGCCCAGGAGGAAGGAGCGGAACCACUGUGUAACAGUGCCCCCAGCUCCCAGCCCCUCUAGACUGUCCAGAAGGAUGUUAUGGUCGAUGGUAUCAAACGCCACUGAGAGAUCCAGCAGAACUAGGAAACAGCUCUCACCUUUGUCCCUAGCCCACCAGAGAUCAUCAACCAGCGCGACCAAGGCAGUUUCAGUCCCAUGGUGAGGCCUGAAUCCCGAUUGGAAGGGAUCCAAAUGGUCCGCAUCCUCCAGGCGUGCCUGGAGUUGUUCAACAACCAUGCGCUCAAUCACCUUGCCCAAGAAUGGAAGAUUUGAGACUGGGCGAUAGUUGGCCAUACUGGCCGGGUCUAAAGAUGGCUUUUUAAGAAGCGGUUUAAUGACCGCCUCUUUCAGCGGAUCUGGGAAUGUUCCUCACAGAGGAAGCAUUCACCACCCCGCAGAGCCCAUCGCCCAGCCCUUCCCGGCUUGCUUUUAUUAGCCAGGAUGGGCAAGGGUCAAGGAGACAGGUGGUUGGUUUCACGCGUCCAAGCAGCCUGUCCACAUCCUCGGGGGUAACGGAUUGAAAUUGAUUCCAUGCAACUUGACCAGACAGAGCUCUAGCACUCUCCUGCCCCAGCCCUGCUCCCAUGGUGGUGUCUAGCUCCUUCCGAAUAUGAGUGAUUUUAUCUGCAAAAAACUUUGCAAAAUCGUUGCAGGAGAUCUUGGGGUGUUUACAAGGCCCCGGUGGUAAAGGUGGUUCCGUUAAAUUGCGGGCCACCUGAAAGAGUCUCCUGCUAGUAUUUUCUGCAGAUGCAAUAGAGGCGGUGAAGAAAGUCUUCUUCGCCGUCGCUAUCGCCACUUGGUAGGCUUGACGUUGAGCUCUAACCUGUGUCCGGUCAGAUUCGGAAUGAGUUUUCUGCUACCGGCGCUCUAGCCGUCUCAGCGAUUGUUUCAUCGCCCUCAGCUCCGAAGAAAACCACGGGGCUGUCCGGGCUCCAUGCAAUCGGAGAGGGCGCUUCGGAGCCAGACAGUCGAUAGCCCUGGUUAACUCCGCAUUCCAGCGGGCCACAGGGAAUCAGCUGAAAGGCCAUCAACAUGGGAUAAAGCAUCCCCUACCACUCUCUGGAAACCAUUUGGAUCCAUUAAGUGGCGGGGGCGGACCAUCUGAAUUGGUCCCACCUCCCUGCAGAGGGGAAGGGUCGCGGAGAAGUCCAGUUGCACCAGGAAGUGAUCUGACCAUGGCACUUCUUUUGUUUCACUUUUACUUGGUGUCAGAUCACCCACGUCACUAGAGGUGAACACCAGGUCUAAGACAUGUCCGCGGCUAUGGGUUGGGCCAAACUUAUUCAGGGACAGCCCCAUGGAGGCCAUGCUUUCCACGAAGUCCCGAGCAGCCCCUUGUAAAGGUCGUGUCGGCAUGGAUGUUAAAAUCCCCUAGGACAAUCAAACUAGGUGUCUCCAGGAGAAAAUCCGCCACGACCUGAAGCAGCUCGGACAGGGAAUCCUUGGUGCAGCGGGGAGGUCGGUACACCAGUAGGAAUCCUGUACUGCCCCUAUUGCCCAACUUCCAGAACAUGCACUCGGAAAACUGGGUCUUCCCAAUAGGACGCCUGGUGCAAGCUAAUGACUUCCUAAAAAUCACUGCAACCCCCCCUCCCCGCCCACAUGACCUGGGUUGCUGUGCGUAAGAGAAACCUGGUGGACAAGCAGCGGCAAGGACAGGCCCAUCUGCUUCCUCCAACCAGGUCUCUGUCACACAUGCCAGGUCAAAUCCUCCAUCCACAAUCAGGCAGCCCUGAUCCCGCCCCUUAAAAACAAAACACAAACUAUACAGAACUAAUAAAACAACAAAAAACAAAAACAGAACAAUUAUACUAAAAUUAAUCCCCAACCAAAUAUCCAUCCCACCCACCCACCCCCAACAAAGCAAAAAAGGGAAAAAAGAAAUAAAAAUUAAAAAUGCCACCGACUGCUUGAGGACAUUUUAGACACAUUAACCACUUGGAACCGGGAAGCAAUGGCAGAACAACUUCCCACACUUCCCCAAAAGUUCGUUCCAAAUUAGGGCCUGGGCCACGCCCCCUGGGCCAGUUGGAAAAGGCCCUGGAAGGGAGCAGGCCCUGCAGUCCUCACCCAGCCGAUGGUCCCAGUCAGAGUAGGCAGGAGAAGAGAUGUGGAGCUGCGGCAUGGAGAAAGGGGAAAUAUAAAAGUUUUCCUCCCUCUCUCCUAACUCUAGAACUCAUGGGCAUCCCAUGGAGCUGAGUGCUGGAAGAUUCAGGACGGACAAACAAAAGUCCUUCUGACAGUGCAUAGUUAUCCUUAUGGCACUUCCUUCCACAGGAGGCGGGAGUGGCCCCCAUCCUGGAUGGCUUUAAAAGAGGAUUAGGCAAGUUCAUGGAGGAGAAGAGGGCUACUGAUGGCCAACAGCCCUGAUGUCUGUGCUCUGCUCCAACAGCCAGAGGCAUCCAUGCUUCUGAAUCGCAGUUGAUGGAAACCGGGCAUCCGGUUGGCCACUAUGAGAACAGGAGGCUGGGCUCAACGGGCCAUUGGCCUGACCCUGCAGGCUCUUACGUUCUUAAUGCCUGGUGCGUCCUUGCCUUCUUGGCUUUGCAAUAGGAUCUUUCAGCCUUAUGUCUGCCUGGUGGAUUGGGUGAGACAGGCAAUCCAGAUGUCUCUGAGAAUGCACAGGGCAGCAGGGCUCCAAAAGAUGCUCCAAAAGGGGAUGAGGCGAACCAGCCUCCUUCCGAGAUCCUCCUUCUCUGAGCUACCUGUCUACCCCCCCAAACCUGGACCUAGCUGUUGGUGGUGGGAAGGGUGAUCAUCUCCCCAAGAUGAAGUUUCAUGUUCUUAGUCCUGGCAACUGGGUGAAGAAUUAGGACAAAAAAUUUCAUAUAUAUAUAAAAGGGAUGCGGGUGGUGCUGUCAGUUAAACCACAGAGCCAAGGGCUUGCCGAUCAGAAGGUCGGCGGUUCGAAUCCCUGCGACGGGGUGAGCUCCCGUUGCUCGGUCCCUGCUCCUGCCAACCUAGCAGUUCAAAAGCACGUCAAAGUGCAAGUAGAUAAAUAGGUACCGCUCCUGCGGGAAGGUAAACGGCGUUUCCAUGCACUGCUCUGGUUCGCCAGAAGCAGCUUAGUCAUGCUGGCCACAUGACCCGGAAGCUGUAUGCCGGCUCCCUCGGCCAGUAAAGCGAGAUGAGCGCCGCAACCCCAGAGUUGGUCACUACUGGACCUAAUGGUCAGGGGUCCCUUUACCAGAUCUGUGUGGAGUUUUGAUCAAUGAUGGGCUGGGGGAAGUGAGCACUUAACAGCCCGGAACAAACUUUUGUUGGAGGGGCUGAAAGUCCAGGGUGAACGUACAAGCGCGCCACCACCUUUGGAAGCUCCAGAGCUUGAUUUCAGCCCACCAAGGAUGUUGCCCCGGAGCCACCACUCAAGACUGUGUUCCUUCCCUUGCAGACCUUGUGCCAGGUGGGGCUCUACGCCAUGGGCCGGAGCCCAGAGGUCUUCAGGGACCCCGAGCGCUACGACCCCAGCCGCUGGACUGGCAAAGAGGACAGCAGCUUCAAGGCUCUGGCCUUUGGCUUCGGGUCACGGCAGUGCAUCGGGCGGCGCCUGGCGGAGGCAGAAAUGACCCUCUUCCUCAUGCAUGUGAGUUGUGGGGUUGCAGGUCUGGGCGGUGGGAGCGAUUCUCUGCCUGGUGUCUUGGGAGGCACCACAAUGUGGGGAUGCACACAUGACCCUUUGCUCAAUGCCUUUGUACCCCUCUUCUUGGAGUCCAUGUACAUGGGUGUCACCCACAGUUACCCACAGGCCACUGGUCCCCUCUGAAAUAUUGUGUUUUGGGGUGGCUCCCCCAAAGCCGAUUUCACUCUGAGUUCAAAACUGUUGCGUGGCAAAUCCCAGGUGCCCACGGUGGAACGGUUUCCUGGGGGUGGCACCCCAUGCUUGACGUUGGCGGUGGGUUGAUGGGUAUCAUGGAGGAGCAUCCCACUUCCCACCCACCCACUGCAACCGUAUCUAUGGCUACACAGAAGUAAUCCCCACUAGAUUCACUGGGGCUUACUCCUUGGCACGGACCCAGCUGUUUUGUGACUGGCACCCACUGUGCUUGUUCAAAAUGUACCCACGGGCUCAGAAAGGUUGGUGGUCAACAACCAUACAAGAAAUAAGUAAAAUAACCAAGCAAGUAUUAGAAAUCACCCCAGAACUGGCAUUACUAAACAUCUUCCAAGACAAUAAUGCCCACUUACACCACAAAGAACUCAUAACCCACCUACUUUCAGCAGCCAGAAGCAUCAUAGCCAGACACUAGAGAGACCUGUCAGGAGUAAGCAUGGACCAAUGGUACCAAAUAGUAUGGGAAACAGCCGUACUAGAAAAAGUCACUAAUAAACUGAAACUGACACGGGGACAAAUAGACGCCUUCGCCCCGGUCUGGCUCCCCUUUAUCACAUACACAGCCCAGCAAGACAACAACAAAAAUCCACCAACAGCAUACAAAUCAAUAUGGCUAACCUGAUCCAAAACACCCACCCACCCCAUUCACACACGAAAACAAAGAUCACCACAGCCAACCACAAAUGAACAACCGCACCCUAGGCCAACCCCAACCUCUCUCACCACCAAAGGAACACAAGUGAACAGCAGAGAACCUGCACAAGCAACGCUGACACCAAACCCCACAUAUAUUAAGUAAAAUAGAAACAUCGCCACCCGACCCCCCCCAUCUCUCCCCCACCUCUUUCCCCCUUUUCUUCCUAAUGUCUCAACAAAUGAAACCGAUUUGUAAAAGUGUUACAUGGGGGGGGGGAAAUAUGAGAGAGAGACACUGCACACUUUUGUAAAUCAAGAAAAUCUUUAAUAAAAAUAAGAAAGGUUGGUGGUCCCCGUUUUCAGGCAAUGGUGAGGAGGGAAAGGGGGUCCCUUGCCACCCAUUCAAGGAACACCCAGCCUGGCAUACCUGCAGUCUCACACGGGUCGUGCUUCUUGUUUCAGAUUCUGCGUAACUUCAAGAUCGAUACCGUUUCCAAGGCAGACCUCAAGACCGUCUAUGGCUUCAUCCUCAUGCCAGAGAAGCCCCCUCUGCUCACCUUCCGGCCCAUCGACUAGGCACCAGCCCCCUCAGCCCCUUUCUCUCCCUCUGGACCAUGGAAGGGGCCCAUCACUUGGGGGCGCAGACAUCCUGACACCCCUUCCUUUCUCUCUGGCCAUCUUGCUGCCUUCCUUCCCUCCCCUUCGGGCUCCAACAGACAUUCUUUCUGGCACCCCUCAUAUGAUUUCAUCCCAACCGUACCCCAAGGUUGGUAGAAAAUUGCAGGAUGCAUUGAAACUCGGGAAGCUGGAGAAAGAAGCCAAUAACAGGUGACCCCUAGCCCAGGCCAAGCCUUGGGAGAGGUUCUGUUCUUGUAAUAGCACAAGGCAGUGGGCGCUCGGGAGGCACGUUCGCAACCUGUAGCUCUGCAUCUGCGCACGCAUGGGUUGCGAUUUGGCGCUUCUGUGCAUACACGACUGCUGAAACCCGGAAGUAACCCAUUCCGGUACUUCUGAGCUUCAGCGGGUCCAUAACCUGAAAAAACGCAACCUGAAGCAUCUGUAACCCGAGGUAUGACUGUAAUGGCUCAAUCCACUGGGAUGGCGAAACAAAACAAAACAAACAAACAAACAAAUAAAAUCCUUCCAGUAGCAUCUUAGAGACCAGCUAAGUUAGUAAUUGGUAUGAGCUUUCAUGUGCAUGCACACUUCUUCAGAUACACCCAAAAGCUCAUACCAAUAACUACGGUAACUUAGUUGGUGAUACUGGAAGGAAUUUUAUUUUAUUUUAUUUAUUUUGUUUCGACUACGGCAGACCAACACGGCUACCUACCUGUAACUAGAACCAUUGGGAUGUGGAGCUCUUACACGAUCCAAAGCAGCUUGAGUAGGAAUGCAAGAAAAGCUCUGUGUUUCCCAAACUUGGGCCUCCAGGUGUUGUUGAACUACAACUCCCAUCGUCCCUAGCUAGCAGGACCAGCCGUCAAGGAUGAUGGGGGUUGUAGUCCAUAAAACAGCUGAAGACCCAAGUUUGGGGAGCCCUGCCAUAGCUGGAUCCUGUUCUCACAGUGGCCAGCAAGUUGUCUCUUCUGAGAAGACCACAGAAGAGGGAGCUGAGUGCAACGGAAGCCCUCUCUGCAAAUUCAGAGGAGAGGGCAAGUGAUGGCUAUUAGCCACCAUGGCUACGCUCUUCCUCUAUGGUCAGAGGCAGAAAUGCUUCCAGAUACCAGAUGCCAGAAACUACAGGAGGAGCUCGCUGGCUUCCCACAGGCGACUGAGAAAACCGGGCACUCUUAUGCUUUUAUGUUCCAAGGAAGAGAGGGGCGCAGGGAUUGUUCAUCAGAAACAGGCCAACCAAAAAGUCGAAAGUAUUUAUUUUAUAAAGCUUUCCUUUGCUUUCAGCGAAGUCUCAUCGAACCCAACAUAGUCUGGGUUUCCUUGUUCUCCCCUUCAAGGCAAGUCGUGUGGCUGAGCAGGGGGGUCAGCGGGAGGACCGGGACUCCCACUUAAUGUGCGCCUUUCUAGUCCAGAACUGUAAAGGGAGAAACUGGACAUUCAAGGGGGACAGGAGUGAUCAGACCAGCACUUUGGCAGUGGGGAGGCAGUCCCAUCUGGGGUCUGCUGGCAGAGAAAGGCAGGAUACAAAUAUAAAAUAAAUAAAUGCACACACACUCGGUUUUGACUCACGUCGUCUGGUUCAUUUGGCAAUGGGGGGGGGGCUGCUGUGCCUGCUGCCGCCACCCAGACGACAAAAAGGCAUAGGGCAAGACAAGGCAAUCCCUAUUCUGUGCACAAAAUCUGACUAGUAAUUGACUCUGCUUCAGGCCUGGUGCCAAAACAGAGCCCUCCUCUGCAGCCCAGGGCAGCAGGCUAGCUUAGGGCAGACAGCACACAGCUCUAGCUUCUUUCCACCCCUCAGAAUCUGCCGCCAGAGGCAGCUGCCUCACUCUGCCUCAUGGAACAGCCGGCCCUGUAUGCAAGGAGGUGCGGCCAGAUUUCUUGUGCGUGAAAGUCAAGGCAGGUGGCCGGGGGCCCGAGGCGGAAAAUGAGAGCCCUUGCAGUGUUCACAGGAGCCCCCAUUGGACUCUCUUGAAAUCCAGGCACAGAAUGAAGGUGCCCACAGAGAACUCCACCUCCAAAGGCAAGCAAGAGUUCAAAGCAUAUUGCAGGCAGUUUGGCAGCGGAUCUCUCCCUACGGUUCAUUUUGGUUAAACGGCUGUGUGCCCGUGUUCCUCCACUCCCUAGUAAAUAAACCACUUCUAAUGGG